AUAAAAUGUUCGAAAUGCAAGCAUCAAUAGUCAUUUGUAUACGAUAACGCGAGUUCGUAAAAUGUUUUUAAAAUUUAAUAAAUUAUUUUUAAAUAUAAUAUUUACUAUAUUAUGUUUUAUUAAUACAAUAUCAAUAGCAAUUGACGCAUGUGUAAUAAAUUUCAAUCAAAAUCCCACCUUGAAGCCAACAAUUUUACUUAAAAUCGGUUCUCAUAGUGUUGAUUUACCAUUAAAAGAUGUGGAUACCCAUUUAACAUUGUUUGAAAAUCAAGAAAUAGAAGCCCUAUGCCCUACAACAUUUGAAUAUCCCGAACUUUACAAUACUAAACGUAAACUUAAUAUUAAAUGUGAACAUAAUUAUUUGUAUUUACAAAACAGUUACGGAGACUAUGAAAGCUACUCGAGUAGUAUCAAUUUAAAGUGUUCAUCCAUAAAAUGGAAUUUAUAUGAAACCUUUAACAAUUUUGUAUGGUGUCCAUCAAAUGUAACUUCCUAUCUUUUGGCCAGACCAACUGAAUCUUUAACAUCAAAUUAUCAAUAUUUGGCUGGCAUUUGUUAUGACAUCCAUAAUCUCUCUUUUAAAUCCUUGUACUAUACAAUCACACCGAAACAUUCUGAAUCGUUGCAUCCAAACCUAUUGAGCACACUUUAUGAGCCCAGCUUAGAAUUGAAAUAUAUAAAGGAAACGUUUCCUAUAAAAAGUGUAACUGAAACUGAAUACGAUAGUCCGGUCGUUCAAGAUUGGAUUAAUUAUUCACAAUAUAAUUAUGGUUCCAUUAUACACAAUUCUAUUUUGAAUGAUGAAUUUAACCAUGAAUUGGGUUCUAUAUUGGAUCUAGCUUGGUGGCCUAAUUUACGUUUAGGCAAUUGGAAACGUUACGAAAACGCCCUGACAAAACAUAUCGAAAGACAACAGCAAGCAUAUGAUAUUUUAUCGGGUGUAUCGGGUGUCGCAACGGUACCGAUCAUUAAAACUUGCGAAAGCAAUUUUACGUUAAAGGAAUUGAUUGACAAUAGAAAUCGUAUAAUACCAAUGUAUGUAUGGAAUUAUUUACGAUCGACUAGCAAUAGUUCGGAUGAAAUUGUUAUAAUUGGUUUUAAUUCGCCAUUUUAUGAGUUUUAUUCGGAAAUGGAUAUUAUAUUUUGUACUGACAAAUGUCAAGAGAUUCCUUGGUUGAAAGAUGUCAGUACAACUUUUCGUUAUAGCGCUAUGGGUGUCAUUUUCUGCUGUAGUGUCGACGAUGUUAAAGCAUCACAACGUUUGGAUGGUUUUCCUGUAAACGGUUUGGAUGCUGCUCCCGAAAAAUUUAUACAUAAUAUUUCUGUAGACGCUACAACUGCUCUACCUGAAUAUAACAAUUAUUAUUAAAAUUUAUAUUUAUUCAAAAAUUUGUUUUGUUAAAAAUUUAUAUAUAUUUUAAUUGUUAUACUCUUUUACCAAUUAUAAAUAAACUGAUAUUCUGUAAAAGAGUA